GAUGAUGCUCACUUCAUUGCCGUGGAGCUGGGAUAUGAUGAGCGCAGUACAACAGUGAUUUCUAAAAGCGAGGAGAAAUUCAUCUCAUUCAGCAAAUAUAUUUCAAACAAAUUUACCCUUCGAUUUAUAGACACUUAUAGAUUCAUGACUUCAAGCUUAUCUACACUCUCGAAAAAUUUAAUUACACCAGGAUUUGAUAAGUUUAGGGAAACUUCGAAACAUUUUGCCCGUGAUGAUAUGGCUUUUGUAACACGGAAGGGGGUGUAUCCAUAUGAGUACACAGAUGGUUGGGGGAAAUUGGAUGAAGCUACACUACCAACAAAAGAGUCUUUCUAUAGCACACUAACUGAGGAAAAUAUAAAAGACAUGGAAUACCGACACGCCGAGAAAGUUUGGAGGCAUUUUGAUUGUAAGGCUCUAGGCGAGUAUAGCGAUCUAUAUUUGAAAAUAGACGUAUUACUGCUAGCGGAUGUCUUUGAAAACUUUCGAGACAUAUGCCCGACAACAUAUAGCCUCGAUGCGGCAUUUUAUUACACUGUUCCUGGACUAAGCUUUGACGCGUGUUUGAAAUUCACCUCCAUAAAACUAGAACUUUUAUCUGAUUAUGAUAUGUUGAUGAUGUGUGAAAAAGGUAAGUUUUUAAAAAUAAUAUAUAUAUUACAUUUAUUAAUUAACUAUUCUGUUAUAGGUAUACGUGGAGGUCUUACACAAGCAAGCAUGCGUUAUGGGAAGGCGAAUAAUCUGAAAACACCUGAAUACGAAACGAGUAAACCAGAUUCAUGGAUAAUUUAUCAAGACUGUAAUAACUUGUAUGGCUGGGCAAUGUCCGAGUACAUACCAUAUGGUGGCUUUGAAUGGAUAGAACCUACACUUGACGGAUUAGAAAAUUUAAACGAUACUUCAGAUAUAGGACGGAUGUAUGAGGUCGACAUAGAGUAUCCACAGCGUUUACAUGACGAUCAUAAUGAUCUGCCAUUCUUACCGAACAGUGGUAUACCACGUGGAUCUAAAAUAAAGAAACUCAUGGCGACACUAGAAUCUAAAGAACGUUAUAUUGUACACUACCGUAUUUUGAAACAGGCGAUGGCAAAUGGUUUGAAAGUGAAAAAGGUUUACAGGGUAUUGCAGUUCAAACAGUCUAAAUGGCUUGCCAAAUAUAUUAAUUUAAAUUCUGGGAUGAGGAAGAAGGCGAUGAACCAGUUUGAGAUUGAUUUCUAUAAACUGAUGAACAAUAGUGUAUUUGGAAAAAUGAUGGAAUCGGUGAGAUCAAGGAUUAAGAUGGAACUUGUUUCGAGCGAACAGCGCUUACAGAAAUUAAUGAACCGAUCGACAUUUAAAUACUGCACUAAUUAUGAACAUACAAAUAUAACAGCUGUAACAAUGGAUAAUAAAAUCAUAAAUUUCUGUAAACCAAUCUAUAUUGGUUUAGCGGUGCUUGAUAUAUCGAAAACGAUGAUGUAUGAUUAUCACUAUAAUGUGAUGAAGGCGCAUUAUAGUGAUAACAUCAAGCUGAUGUAUACUGAUACUGAUUCUUUGAUAUAUCAUAUCAAUACCACAGACUUUUAUGCAGACUUGACGGCUAACCGCAACUUGUUGGAUAGGAUGGACACCGCAAAUCUUCCUCGUGACCAUCCGUGUUAUGUAGCAGAUAGAAAAAAGAUACCAGGUUACUUUUCCGAUGAGACUGAUGGACAUACCAUGACAGAGUUUUGCGCACUACGCGCAAAAUCGUAUGCAUAUAAUAUACAUGCAGGAGAAGAGGACGAGCGGAAAGAUAAUGAUGACAGAGUAGGAAGAGAAAAGAUCAAGGCCAAGGGGAUAGGAGUCAUGUGGUUAAGAAUCACAUGACGUUGGAAGACCACAGAAAGUGUUUGUUUGAUGAAUCUGGAGUGGAGGCAUGCAAGAAGAAUGUAUCUAUUCGCUCAUUCAAACGCUAGUUGAUGACGAUAAAAACGAUAAAGCUAACUUACAACAGUUAUGACGAUAAGAGAGUGGUA